GGAGCCGGCGGCGGGCGUAGCGGCGAGGCAGGCGCGGCGGGAUGCGGUCCCGCCGCCGCGGGGGGACCGGGCAGCCCCCCUGGCCCGUGCCCAGGAUGCUGGUGCUGUGCCUGCUGUCCCUGGCCUGGCUCAGCGAAGGCUCCCAGCGCAGCGAGCCCAUGUUCACGGCUGUCACCCACCGCCUCCUCCCGCCCGACUAUGACAGCAACCCCACGCAGCUCAACUAUGGUGUGGCCGUAACUGACCUGGAUGCUGAUGGUGACUUUGAGAUCGUGGUGGCGGGGUACAAUGGCCCCAACCUGGUGCUCAAGUACGACAAGGCUCGGGGACGGCUGGUGAACGUGGCGGAGGACGAGCAGGGCUCCCCAUACUACGCACUGCGGGACCGGCAGGGCAACGCCAUCGGCGUGACGGCCUGUGACAUCGACGGGGACGGCCGUGAGGAGAUCUACUUCCUCAACACCAACAACGCCUUCUCCGGCAUGGCCACCUAUACAGACAAGCUCUUCAAGCUCCGCAACGGGCGCUGGGAGGACCUCCUGAGUGAUGAGGUGAACCGGGACGUGGCCAGCCGCUUUGCCGGACGCUCUGUCGCCUGCGUGGACCGGACGGGCUCUGGCAGGUACUCCAUCUACAUCGCCAACUACGCCAGUGGCAACGUGGGCCCCCACUCCCUGAUCGAGAUGGACGUGGCUGCCAGUGACCCUGCCCGCGGCGUCGUGGUGCUGGUGGACGUGGCCGUCCAGGCUGGCGUCAGCAAGUACACAGGGGGCCGUGGGCUGGCCGUGGGCCCCAUCCUGAGUGACAGCGCCUCUGACAUAUUCUGCGGUAACGAGAACAGCCCCAAUUUCCUCUUCCACAACUUGGGGGAUGGGACGUACCGGGAUGUGGCAGCUGCUGUGGGGCUGGAUGACCCCUACCAGCACGGACGUGGCGUGGCGCUGGCUGACUUCAACCGCGAUGGCCGGGUGGACAUUGUCUAUGGCAACUGGAACGGGCCACACCGCCUCUACCUGCAGACCGGGGCACCCGGCCGCGUCCGAUUCCGGGACAUUGCCACCCCCAAGUUCUCCAUGCCAUCCCCUGUCUGCACUGUCAUCGCAGCCGACUUUGACAACGACCAGGAGCUGGAGGUUUUCUUCAACAACAUUGCUUACCGCGGCUCCUCCGCCAACCGCCUCUUCCGGCUCAUCCGCAGGGAGCACUCGGACCCCAUCAUGGAAGAGCUGAAUCCAGGGGAUGCGCUGGAGCCUGAGGGACGAGGCACAGGGGGUGCAGUGGCAGAUUUUGAUGGCGAUGGGAUGCUGGACCUCAUUCUGUCCCACGGGGAGUCCAUGGCACAGCCGAUCUCCAUCUUCAAGGGCACCCAGGGCACCAACAACAACUGGCUGCGUGUGAUCCCGCGCACCCGCUUCGGGGCCUUUGCGCGGGGGGCCAAGGUGGUGCUGUUCACGCGGCGCAGCGGGGCCCAUCUGCGCAUCAUUGACGGCGGGUCCGGAUACCUCUGCGAGAUGGAGCCCGUGGCACACUUCGGACUGGGGCACGACAAGCCCAGCAGCCUGGAGGUGACCUGGCCGGAUGGCCGCGUCGUGUCACGACCCGUGGCCAGCAGUGAAACCAACUCUGUCCUGGAGGUCCCUUACCCCCUGGACACAGAGGAGCCGCUUGUGCCUGCCCCACUGGAGUGCGGGCAGGGAUUCUCCCAGCACGAGAAUGGACGCUGUGUAGACACAAAUGAAUGCACCGAGUUCCCCUUUGUUUGCCCCCGGGACAAGCCCGUCUGCAUCAACACCUACGGCGCGUACCGCUGCCGCAGCAACAAGCGCUGCGGCCGGGGCUUCGAGCCCAGUGAGGAUGGCACAGCUUGUGUGGCUCAAGUGGCCUUUUUUGGGGGAUACCCCUCCACCGGGAGCUGGCCUGGGCUCCCCCAGAGCGCCUUCCUCCCUCUGGUCCUUGGACUCUGCCUUUGCCUCUAUGCACUUUAAUCCCUGCCCCUAACACGGCAGAGCAGCCUCGGUGCAAGGACCGGCCAGCCUCUGCCUGUCUCUCCUUUUCUCUCUCUCUCCACGCCGAGCUGCCCUGGAAGUGCUGGCUGUGCCCUACAGGGGUGGUCUGUGGUGGGAUGGGCAUGGCGCCCGGCUGUCCCUUGCACCUUGUUUGGGGAUGGAACCUCCCUGCCUCAGUGCUGCUCCUGCCCUGCCGGCACCUCUCGGGCUGGUUGCUUGCUCCGUCGCCUCGAUACUGUACCAUGUGCCUGCUGGUUUGGCCUGCGACGUGUGUGCUUCGCCUGCCCCCUCCUCAGUGACAGGGGCCACCUCCUCAGCCCCGGCAGAGGAGGGUCCCCCCCAGCCCUGCAGGGGAAGGACCCUCCUGGUCUGUUUUUUAACAUAUUGACCCCACUGUUUGGAGUCGGACCCUGCUCAGUCUUCCAGCCUCUCUCCCAGAGAACCCCCUCAAUAAACUAUAUCCUGUCUAUUA